CUCCUCUUGUGUUUAUCAGCCACGACAGCCAGGCAACGAUCUUUUAAUGAGGUUACUGUACUGUUCCUCAGUUGCUCGUCCGCAAGUAUGGAUUCCUGUUUUGUGAUUGUUGCCUUUCUCUUUGCGUUCAGUCUUUCCAGUGGGGAGAGGACGCUAAAGUUUGUCACUGUGCUCUAUAGACACGGUGACAGAUCUCCGAUCAAGGCCUAUCCAAAUGAUCCAUACACGGAGAGUGACUGGCCUCAGGGUUUUGGACAGCUCUCUCAGGAGGGAAUGAAGCAGCACUUUGAACUGGGUCAGUUUUUAAAGAAACGCUACUCAGGAUUCCUGAGUGAGGACUAUAACAGAUAUGAGAUAUACAUUAGAAGUACAGAUAUUGACCGGACUCUGAUGAGUGCAGAAGCUAACCUGGCUGGCAUGUUCCCACCUAACGGUUCUGAAGUCUUUAACCCAGAUUUGAAAUGGCAACCGAUACCUGUUCACACCAUCCCGAGUGAAGAACAGCGGCUACUCUCAUUCCCACUGGACAACUGUCCACGAUACAAACAGCUCAUGAAUGAGACUGAAAAAACAGAUGUUUUUCUUAACAUGACUGAAACCUACAAGGAUUUUAUAGAGAUGGUGAAAAAUAAAACAGGACUGGAGUUGGCCUCCAUUGAGAAUAUUUGGAGCGUCUAUGACACAUUAUUCUGUGAGGCACAACAUGGGAAAAAGCCGCCAGAUUGGGUUACUCCAGAUGUCAUGCAGACGCUGAAGCUGUUGAAGAACUUUGGUUUUCAGAUUUUGUUUGGAGUCUACAAGAGAAAGGAGAAGUGCAGACUACAGGGAGGCCUGCUUGUAGAUCAGAUUAUCAAGAAUCUCUCGAUUGCAGCAGCUCCAGACUCUCAACACAAAGUGAAGAUGAUUGUUUACUCGGCUCACGACACAACAGUUGUAGCCCUCCAGGAAGCUCUGAAUGUCUUUAAUGGUGUACAGCCACCUUAUGCCUCAUGUCAUAUGAUAGAACUUUACCAGGAAGAGAACGGGAUGUUUUCAGUGGAGAUGUUUUAUCGCAACGACAGUCGCGUGUCUCCGUAUGCUGUGUCUUUACCGGGAUGUUCUCAGAGCUGCCCCCUGCAGGACUUUGUGAACAUCACUCGUGAAGUCAUUACACUGGACUGGAAUAAAGAGUGUCAGCUGAGCAAAGAAUCCACAGAUUCACAAGUCAUCAUCGGGCUGGCUGUGUGUGGUGUUCUGCUUCUCCUGCUGGUUCUGCUGCUGCUUCUCAUUCUGUGUCGUCACAAAGAGCCCAUGACGAGUUACAGUCACAUCAUAAAUGAGAGCGACUCCUGACAAUCAUAUCAGCUCCUCCGCAAAGAGGACCUCUCAGAGGACAGCGAAGAGGACCUGUGAGGACACACUCUAAGACCAGCACUUUGAAGACAGUUUGAACUUCCUUUAGCCACACAUUUGAUGUGUUUUAGCACAUACUUGUAAUUUCAAGCAUUUUAGAGAAAGAUAAAAAGGGAAUUAGGAGCAUUAAUGUAACACUGACUCUGUGUGCCUCUGUGGUUUUGUACCAAAUGAUUUUGUACAUAAUAUGUAGAGGAAGUCAAAAUAUCUUUGAGAUGUAAUGUAAAGCUUCUCUGUGAAGCACAAAGGCUGUCGGCGUCCCGUUUGUGCUCCCGGUCCAUUAGUUCUUGUCUACUUAUGACACACCUGAAGACUCGACGAAAGGCCAACGAAAGACUCUUGGAUAUCAUUGAGGCCUUACUCUGCACCCAUGGAGCUUUACCCUUCCUUCUGUUUAUGCGAUUGUCUCCUGAUUUACAGCCACACAAUCAUUUUGUCAAGUAAAUUUUAGAAUAGUGACGUGCUGAAAUGAAGAGCAGCUUUCUCAGGAUAAGCUCUGUUGAGCUGAAUAGUUUAAAUCUACUGCAGAUUCCUUCAUUUGAAUGUUUUGACAGAUUGAUCAUCAGUCUCUAGUAAUAAAAGUACAAAUUUUCA